AUGACCACGCAGGAUGAGAGCGACGACGAGCCUCGGCGCGGGCAUAACGACUGUCGCAACAGCCCUGCUAGCAAGCUCGAGCGCGCUUUUCGCUCGAUCCUGCAGAGCAUCGCCGACGACACCAAGGACAUUGCGCUCGGCGCGCGGCUCGGACCCGACUGUCAAGCCAAGGUCGAGGUUGACGGCGUCGGGCGCAUUGCGCUGCCGCUGUGCCCAGAGCAAGUCGCGACUGUCCGGUCGUCGCUUUCAGCACCGUCUCGUCCCGGUCAUGCCCUCGUGGUCGAUGGAUCGCGCGUGCAGACGUCGCCGUCGUGGCCAGGCACGAUCGGCCUCUUGGCGACAAAGGCGUGCACAUCCCUCGGGCUUCGCUUCGACGUUGAGACGCAAUUCAAGGGCCUCGUCAUCCAAGCAGCGGGCGAUGCACCCGCGCCAUUGGACACGCCUCUCGGCCACUGCGCCACGCUGGUUGUGCAGCUGCCCGCCAUCCAUUCAGGCGGCGGCCUCCAUGUCGCUUCGGGUGACCGGACGGCGCAGCUGGUGUUUGACGGCCCCGACACGGCCGACGAAAGCUACUACACGGUGGUCCUUCGCCAAGCAACGUGCGACGAGGCGCCUAUCACGUCCGGGCACAAGCUGUCGCUUGUCUAUCACAUUGUCCGAGCGGGCAACGUUGUGACGCCGACGACCGAGGUGCUUGUGACGCAGGCGCGUGCGGCCGUCGCCACGUGGGCACCGCGUACACCGGAGAAGCUCGUGUUUCCGCUCGAUUUCGACUACGAUUUCGAGUCCGAGACGGCGUCGUUUGCGCUGCUCCAAGGUCGGGACAAGGCGCUGGCCGACUUGCUCGUGGCGACCGACGCCGUCGACCUGCACCUUGCCACCGUCGUGCAAAGCGUCCUCGGCGAGGCGACCAACGUCAAGCCGCCGCGCCGUCUGUUUAACCCUCGCUCGUGGGGGUUAAAGCGCCGGCGGUACGAAUCCGACUCGGACGACUCGGAGGACGACGGCGAGAACGCGAUCAUGGACGACAUUUUUGAAACCUCGUACGACAUGACCCACUGGAUCAACGAACGCAACGAGCGCGCCUCGUUGGAGCUCGAUCUCGAGCCCGAGACGGAAGUCGUCCUCUGCGAUGUCCAAGGCGACAUGUUUGCCGGGAAGGAGCCGGUUGAACGCGACUAUAUGGGCUGGCAAGGCUUUGAUCAACCCAACUUGACCGAGACGUUCGAGUGUGCCGUGCUCGUGGCCUGGCCGCGCUCGCAAACGCUCUCGAUUGCAGGUCCACGUGCCGUGCUGUCGCGCGCGCAAUCGCAAGUCGCAGCGAGCGAUACCAUUGGUGCCCGGGCGACGCUUGAUCUACUGACAGAGUCACCGCUCUUGACUGCCGACCUCACGACAGCCCUCCGCAUGGCGACGACCCUUGGCGCCGACGACAAGGCCACGACCUUGGUUCGUAUGUGGGCGCCGACAGCGCCCAGAGGCUCUGUUGACUACGCCGUCUUGGUCGAUGCACUUGGCGCGAUGUUUGCGGCGUUUCCGCAGCUUGCAACGAUGCUUCUCCCCGUGGUGUUGCCGACACUCUGUGGUGACAGCGCGAUUGCCCUUGCUGUCGCCUGCCCUCACGACCUUGACGUCAUUUUGUCGUCGAUCUCGGGUUCGUUUUCGUUUUCGGGUUUCCGAAUGCUCGAUACGAUCGUCGUUGCGGACCCCUCGCGACGGGAAGCCGCGCGCCUCGUCCAGCUCUUUCAACCCAAAGCCCACGCAUUUUCCGACCAUGUUGACGCCGCCAAUGACGCGCUCUCAAGCCCGUCAGUCGCCUCGACGACGAUCCUCACAAGCCUUCCCGACAUCAACCUGGCGGUGGCCAAUGCGAUCGUGGCCGCCACGACGUCGGUGCACGAUGCGCUCUUGCCAAAGGUACUGGCCGGCGCUCGCCACUGCGCGACGACCAAUGCCUACCGCUGUCUUGCCUACCACCGCCUGUCGUUGCUGCCAGUGGACGGGACGCCGCCGCCGGUGCCGACGCAUGUCCAGUCGCAGGCGACAAUGCCGUCGCACCCCCACGUGCAGGCUUUUCUACGCGGGCCGGCGCCGACGAUGCAGGUGCGCGGAUUCACAGGCAUUCGCCAAGCGCGCGAGUUUGCCGCCGCAUGGUUCCGCACGGAUGGCAAGUACGACGCGCGUUCCCACGCGAGUGCGCUCCCGGUGGUCUCGGGCGCCGGCAAGACCUCGCUCGUGACGCUCACCAAGACGACGGACUACUUCAACGCGGUCGUUGCCAGCUGGGCGACCCAGCGCGACGAAGCCAUCGCACUCCGAUCGCUGCUGCGGGCAUCGUAG